CUGAGUCUGGGAUGGCGGGCCAGGUGUCGAUCGCCUUCCAGGACCUGGCCGUGCGGUUCUCCGAGGACGAGUGGCGGCUGCUGGGGGAGGGCCAGAGGGCGCUCUACCUGGACGUGAUGCGGGAGAACUACGACACGCUGGCCUCCCUGGGGACGGCGGAGCCGCUCCCCCUCUCGGCCUUCCUAUCUCCCUCAGAGCCUGGAGGAGCUGUGGGGGCCUGGAGCCGUGCUGGAGACGGGCAGGAGCCAACCCAGGGAGGAGGCCCCCUGGGAGGAGCCCCCCAGCACAGCCUGCACCUCAGCGCCCUGGUGCAGCUCGUGCAGGAGAUCCCCGAGUUCCUGUUCAGGGAAGGCAGCCCUGAGAGUAGUGGGGGAGCCAGCCUGGAUGGAGCGGCUGUGAGUCCCGAGGCUGUGACGGAGGACACGUGCCCUCAUCAAGACCUGCUCAGCUGCCUUCCAGAUACACCUGUGGGCCGGCUUGGCCUGGCCGCCACGCCCAGCGGCAGCUCAUCCAGCAGCACCCCUGGAGCGGGGGUGCUGGGGAGCCCCUGCCCCAUCAAAACUGCCGACAAGCCGAGGCCCGUGGAGGAGGGGAGCCCAGGAGCCCCUGGCCGGGAGCCCAGCCCCACCACCUACAGCCAGGGCAGUAGCAAGAGCUGCAGGAAUCUGGAGAGAGGGACCCCGGGGGCAGCUGCGGGCAUCUCUCCUGGGCACAGCCCCUUGCAAGGCCUCAUCAACUGCCUGAAGGAGAUCCUUGAGCCUGGGCCCCAGGGCCCCGAGGGACCACGGAGCUCGCCACCAUCGUCCAUCCCCAGCCUGGGUGCCUCUCAGCUGACCAGGGCAGAGCUGGGGCCUAGGGGCCCGCCCUGGGCCGUGAAGACAGAGGCAGCCUCGGGUGAUUGUCCCCUCCAGGGCCUGCUGAACUGUCUGAAGGAGAUCCCCGAGGCUCGGGACAGGCAUCCCAGCCCCUCAGGAGCCAGCGACCCACAGCUGCGGGAGGACCCAGGGGCCUGGAAAAGGAAUUCUGGAGGACUCCGACCUCUCCAGACCCCUCCUCCGGGGCCUGGGCCGGGAGCUGGCAGCGUGCUCUCUGCAGUGAAGGUGGAGGACAGCUGGCCCCAGGGGCCCCCGGAGCCCACAUCCUGUCAGCUCAGCAAGCGGCCCCACGGCCCCUCUGCCACCAGCAGCCCCAGGAAUAUCAGAGACACCGCCCCCGCCCAGGUGCGGGUGCCCAGCUGGGGCUCUGCAGCUCAAGCCGGCAGCGCCUCGAGCUCACCCCUGGAAGCCCUGGAGGCCUGUCUGAGGGGCAUUCCCCUGAGUGGGUCGUUACCUCCCCAGCCGCCGGCCAGCUUUUGGUCCCGGAGCCCCCAGCCAGGAGACCCCGGGUCUCAGAGGCCCGAGCUGCCGCACCGCGGACCACACAGCAAAGAGGUGGUCGUGGGGCCUCUGCCGGCUCUGGGCCUGCAGGGCUGCACAAGAGACAGUCCGGCCCUGCCCCUGGGCUCCCAAGGCACCCCCAGCAGCUUCUCGUCGUCCAGCAGCUCUGACGGGGACCUGGAUUUCCAGACCCCUGAGCGCAGCCAGGGGCAUCGGCCGGGAAAAGGAAGCCCCAUGGGGAGCUCCCCGCUCCAGGGCCUGGAGAACUGUCUCAGAGAGAUACCUGCACCCCGGCCGCAGCCGGCCUGGCCCUGCUCCUCGGCCGGAGAUGGAGGGCCACGGCGAGCAGAGCCCAGGAACUGGGUGGCAGGCACAGAAGGGCCAGCCACCAAGCCUUCCCCGCUCCACUGCCUGGAGAACUCUCUGAAAGGGAUCUUGCCCGGGGGCCCCUUGCGCUUUGCCUGCCUGGCUGGCCUGGGCCCCAGCCCCUGCUCCAGCUCCAGCUCGAGCAUCAGCAGCUCAGAAGGAGAAGACCCGAGGCCGGAGCCCGAGCUCUGGCAGCCCCUCCUGCAGGAGAGGGACCACCUUCCCAGCGGCAAGGGCCUUGGCCCCCCGUCCCCACACCAUGGCGGCCCCCGUGCUGGCUGCAGCCCUGGGGAAGGCUUGAGGAGACGCGAGCCCGGGCACCGCUGUGACCUCACUGCAGGCCAUGUCCAAGGAGCCCCCGUCAGUGUGGCCGUGGCGGAGCCAUGCGUGUCCACACCGGAGAUGCUCAGUGCUCUUCCCGCACGGUCCGCUGUGCAUCCCUGCCCUGCCACUCAGCUGGGGAGAAAGCCGGGGCCUGGGCCCUGCCAGCCUCCUGGGUCAGCCCACAGGCUCCAGUCCUGGAAGCCGACCGCUGGUGAAGAAUCCAGGGGCUUCGGGCCUGGGGAUGGAAGACGAGGUGUGACAGCUGGCACUGACGGCGGGCCCCCUCCUGGGGGUGUGCCCCAGCCAGACCCCACAGCCGCCGUCCCUGGGGCCUUGCCUGGCACCUCCCCGCGGCCGCCGUGCCUCUGUGGGACCUCCCUGCGGCAGGAGCUCCGCAGCCUGGGCACCGCCCUCUCGGAGAAGCUGGACCAGCUGGCCGGGGCCCUGGCUGGCCUGGCUCAGGAGGUGGCUGCCGUGAGGACCCAGGUGGAUCGACUCGGGCGCCGCCCGCGGGGCCUGGGGCCCAAGGGCCUCCCCCGGGGCCCUCGCUCGGCCAGCGGCCCUGCCCACAGACACCCGCCCUACUGGAGGCACAAGGGCCCCCCCAGGCCGAGACCGAAGAUCCUGCGGGGGAGCCCGGCUGAAGGCUGCAGGGCCGGGGACCCGUCGCCAGGCCUGUCCAGUGGGAGGCUCCGUCAGGUGCCUCCGGACACCCCCUCAGCGGAGCCCCCGGGGCCCGGCUCCAGCCCUACCCAGCAGCCUCACUCCUCAGCCUGCAGCGGCCCCGCUGUGCAGACUGUACGUCACCCCCUCGGGCACCCCGAGGCCCGCCAGAGCCCCCCUCCCCUUUCACUGCUGGCUGCCCCGCCCCCUCAAGUGGCUGUUUCGGUGGGCACUGCAGAGGCAGAACCACGGGGUGCGGUGGCUGCCCCACCCAGGACCCCAAAGUGGCCCAAAGAUCCAAGUGGCCUGCUGGUGGGGCUCCAGAGAGCCCUCGAGAGUGAACGGUGGAGUGGGGAGCACAGGGACCCAGGGUUGGGACCCCCUAACUGCCACCUUCGUGGACUCAGCCCCGCAGAGGGUGCCCCGCCUCCGGCCACUUCGCCCCACUCCAGCAGAACCUUCCCCACGUUGGGGCCGUGAAGGGGGCCCCCUGACUCCAGGGUGACCAUUGCUCAGGGAGGCCACCGUUUGGGGGGCUUGCAUUCCCCAACCAUGCCUCUGGCUUUCUUGACUCAGGUUAAUUUAAAUGUCGCUUCCCCCUCCGGCCCUUGCCACCAGAACUGCCAACACGGGCACGGGGGCAGUGUGCAUCCACGUGUGUGUGUGUGUGUGUGCCAUGUGUGGGCACGCCACGUGUGCCCGGGGUGCCCUGAGCCGCUGCAAAGGGGCCACGAGAGCACCUCGUCUCAGCACCUGCCAUCCUGGCCUCAGCGCUGCGGAGCGUGGCGCCUGUCUUCCUGGUCCACGGGGGCUUAGCUUCCCUUUGGGACAGAUCUCUGCCCCCUGGCUGAGGCUGGAGGUACCUCUGUGCAUUCUGAAUUACUGAGGGUGCUUGCCAAGGGGAAGAAGGGCGCUCAGAGGGGCCGCACCAGAGUGUGGCUGUAUGGCUGUCAUCGGCACUGGGGACAAGCUGGCUCCUGCCUUCUUGCCUCCUCCAGAGAAUCCAGCAGCCUCCCCGAAGUUGGGGGAAGAAUUCCACCAACUUCCAGGGAGAGAGUGGCGUGUGAGUUGGCCUCCUGGGCCCGUAGUGACAGUCCGCUGUGGAGCCCAGGAGCCUCCAACAACGCACAUUUACAUCCUCCAGGUUCAGAGGCCAGAGGUCCAAGGCGCAGGUGUCGGCAGAGUUGGUUCCUCCUGAGUCUGCCCUAGGCCCCUCUGCAGGGCCGGUCGCUGACUGUCCUCGCGUUCCCAGGGUGCUCCCCCUUUGCUCAUGCCCCUCAGUGUCCCUUUUGUCUAAGGACACCAUCCGCAGGCCCUCCCUCUAACACGAUCGCUUCCGUAAAGACCUCAUCUCUAACUCAGGUCUCGUUCGUGGUCCUGGGGUUGUUAGGGUUCCAGUGUGUGAAUCUGGGGACGGGGGUGCACGAUCCAACCUCCGACUCACAUGAGGGAGCGAGCUCACCUUGGUCCUGGUGGGAGGAGGCAGUAUGACCAGGGUCACUAGGCCCGCUUUCCUGGGGCCACCAGGCUGCCCUGGGCCCCACCCCUCCCUUGGGGGAUCAGGAGUGACCUGCCUGUCAUCACUGCGUUUCUGAUCUUUUUCCCCCGAUCUUUGCCCACCAAGCCCUUACCUGAUCUGAGGAGUCCUCGGGACGCGGUCCAUGCGCUCUGGGAAGGCCCUGCCCAGCUGUGCUGUUAGGGAACCAGGCACAGCACUGAGGCCCGAGCUGGCUUGGGACCCAGGGGGGCUGUAGCUGCAGUGAGUGCUCAAGGGAGGAACCCAUUGGCUGGUUUGCCCAGCGCGCCCCUAAAAUCGGAUCUUUGGGGACACAAGCAGGGCCUGGCCUGUGCUGCUCAUGGUCCCUGUGGAAGGAGCAGGCACUGAUGCCGACAGCGGGAGAGCCAGUGGCCGGGUGAACAGACCAUCAAAAGGGGGUGUUAGAAUGUUUCCAGGACUGGAGUAAGUCCCUCGAUGACCGUCUCAGAAGCUAGGUGUAUGAGAUCAUGUAAGUAGAUUGUUUAAACACACAGCCUUCACAGCUAGCGAUAACUUGAGGAAGAAUAAGGAACAUUAGAGGUCUAGGCCUUCCGCCUAGAAAGACGAAUCCAGCUGCCUCCAGUCUGUGUAGGGAGUGAUGCUGGGCCGUUUCAGAGCCAUCGGAAGGGUCUGAUGGAAUCGGCGCUGUGGACCAGGGGCUUGAGCUGAAAGGAGGAGGGCUUGUCCGGCCCUCUGCUCGCCCUCUGUAGGAGUGGUGGUGGUGGUGGUGGGGUGGCCUGCCUGACAGGCCCGUGUGACAUUUUAAGGCUGGUUUUGCGGGCUUUGCAAAUACCAGUCUUUGCAUCGCCCUGCGCCGCAGGUGUGGAGGAGCACACAGACUCAGAUGGGGCGAGGGGCUUCCUCUGGCUGAGUUAGGACAGUGCGCGCCCUGAUGCCGCCCAGGCCAGGGGGCUCCCAGUCCGGCUGGACGCUGUGGGAAGUUCAGGUCCUUUUUUAAGGAUGUGGAAAGUCAGCCAUGAAGUGAACAGUGAGAGGUUCCGUGAGCCGCAGCAGUGUUCAUCCCCCAGGUCCACUGCCACGCGGACAACACCCCUCCCAAGUCAUGAAUUGAAAAGCCUACUAGAACCACUGAUUUGGUGACAAACCCAUUGGCAGUUUAGGAGUUUGGUCCUGUGUCUGUCUCCAUCUACUUGGUGAGGAAGUGUGGUCACUUUGGUAGGAGAAACCACAGACUGUUGUGAACUCAGGAAUUCCCGGGGUCAGGAGGUGGGGGGCAGAGAACCUCCCCUCCCCGGGCGCUCACGCACAAGAGGGUCCCCCGUGUCCCGACCGCCGCCUGUCAGCCGAGGCCACCGUGAGGCAGCAAAGUGGGAAGGUCCUGCCUGGGCGGAUCAGGGCAGGCGCCCACAGCCUCCAGACGACCCCCCAAGGGUCCAGUAGAAGGGGGGGCCUUAGUCCCCUGUCUGAGACACCCCACGAUGUCACCACUCUCUGGAAGGAGCUCGUCAGGCGGGCGGACCAGGCUUGUUCUCCACUCUCUUGUGUCCUUGUGUUUUAGAUGUGGCUUCUGUAAACAGCCUCCUGUUGGAUUUUGUCUUUUAAUCCAGCUUGGCAAAUUUUAUUCUUUAGUUGGAGCCCUUAAUCCACUUCUGUGUAAUAUUAUUGUUGAUAUAUUGAGAUUUGAAUACACCAUCUUAUUUUUGCUGG